AUGUCUGUCAGAGCCUUAUAUUAAUCACAAUAGGAUGUGGGUAGAAAUAUCAAAAGUUCAAAAAAAAAGUACACUUGGAAGUUUAGCAUUGAUGAUAAGGAUCAUACCAUUGAACUGUUUGUAUCAGGUUUGUCUGGAAAAAAGAAAGUUGUGCAUAAUGGCAAAACCUUAAGAGAAGAGGCAUCGGUUUUAGGAAGCUUUAAUUAUUCCAUGACCAUUUAAAGUAAUUUGUUAACAAUCUCAAAUAACGGAGAUUUAUAUGACCUCAGGAUAAACAAUAUGCAAUUUAGUCAUCUUUAUCACAAUGAAAAAACAAAAAAAGAAUUUUAAUUCGAAGAUGGAUACAAUGAAGGAAACAAUUAAGAGGACUAUUACUCUAAAUUGCCAAAGCCUUCUAAAUAAAACAAACCAUUAUACAAAGAAGAAGACUAAGGCUAUGAUUUUGGAUUGGUUGAUGAUAUCGAAAGGAUGGCUCCUAAGAAAGGAUUGGAAGAAUAAAAUGAGUUCAAUACUCAUUCUAAUUAUUAACAAAAGUUAAACAUACAAUUCAAACCCAAAGAAGACCCAUAUGCUAAAUUUAACGACCCAAAACCCUAAUAAAGACAAACAUAAUCUUUUUCAAAUAAACCCUAGCAACCACAAUCAUCAUUUAAUUAAUAAUAAAUUAAAAAUGAUUUCGGUGAUUUUGGCAAUUUUCCAAAACCUCCAACCACAACAGCCAAUGACAACGUCUUUGGAAAUUUUGGAUUCGGAUUUAAUGACGCCUAAUAACAAUAAGCCAAGUCCUAAUAAUAACCAACAAAUUAAUUUUCACAAGAUUUUAAACCAAAUCCUUUCGGAGACUUUUAACAACCUUCACAAUCACAUUAACAAACUCAACCCUUUUAACAAUAGGCACAACCAUUUUUCCAAUAACCUCCUCAAUAAUAGGUGAUUGAGUAGCCAAAACCAAAACCUCUUCCUCAGGCCAAUUUAUUAGAUUUUGGAGACGAUCCAAUCCAACCUCCAUAAUAAUAGUAAUUGCCACCUGUUCAAUAACAAAGUUAAUAAUAAUUGCUAUACCAACAAUAAUAAGUUCAAUAAUAAUAACAAUUACAAUAAUAAUCUUUAUAUAAAAAUCCAGUCAAUUAGCCACUUUAAUAAAACCUUCAGUAUGCUUAAGCUCCUCAACAAUAAUAAUAACAAUAACAAAAGGUUCUACCUUAAGAUUUGUUGGAUGCUUUUGAUGAUCCAGAACCUGUAGUACCACAAUAAAACUAACAGUAAUAGCCUUAAUUCAAUAUAACUUCAUUGUACUAAUAAUAAGCCAAUGUACCCAUCUAGUCAUCGAUAGCAACAUCAUCUCCCCCUUAAUAAUAAUAAUAUAGAUAAAGUAUGCCCAAUCAAUAUCAGCCUUAAUCUUUUAACCAUAUGCCAUAGCAAUAAUAUUAGAAUCCAUAGGUUUCAAUUACAUAGUUAUAUAACCAACCAUAAGCUUAAGUCAACAUGAAUGUUCCAGUUUAAAUAAACGUAAAAACACAGUCAACUCCGUUUGAUGAUGUAUUUUGAAAUAAUAUAAAAGGAAAAUGGUUAAUUUUAUGUAUUAUA